UGGUUCAAUGCGUUUCGGCGUCGCCGUGUUUCCACGUGGAUGAGCUGAUGAGAUAUGGCAUCUGACCGCAGAAUGAGGUUGAUGUCGUUGAGGAUUUGCCUCCUAGUUUAUGUACAUACUUCUUUCCCAUCAUGGGCGCUAGCUCCAUAUCAGGGGCCAAAGCCGCCCUGGAACUACAAGGGCUACAACUCCUUUCCGGCAUUCUAUUUCGGCGCCAAUGAGAGCGGACUAGAGAAUUCAUCUUGGUUGCCCUUCGUGGCCCAACAUCAAGUUGCUGGUUGGGGUUGGCAGCAAAACUUCCACUCAGUUGGACAAGACAGGUGGCACUACUCCCAGCAAGAGGUGUCCUUGGCUCAGAUGGCUUCGAGAAUGGCGACCUACAUGGAGGUGACACCUGCAAGCCCACAGAAGCGCUUGCAGGCUCUCUUUGUAUAUCGCCAUUUAGAAGUGGCAGAGUGGUAUUUCACCACCUCAGCCACAGCAUUUCAUGACCCAGGUAACAGAGACAUGUUCUUGCACGACAAGAAUGGACACAUUUGCUGGGACAACUUUGACAACACAGGGCCAUACUGGAACUUCAGCAGCCCGCGGGUCACCGAAUGGUUCUUAAAUGAGGUGGCGGCAGAGAUUGUUCGAGAAGCGAAUGUCCAGGCCGUCUUCUUUGAUGAAACGGACUAUCUCUACUGUGGAGGGACUGCUGGAAAUUGCAGUGCAGAUGUUCAUACUGGAGCAGAAGGCUUGGCUCAGUACCGUGCCAAGCUGCAGCUACUGAGAAGCUUGGCCUUAAAGCUGAACGCGGCCAAUGUGUGGCCCAUUUACUCCAGCUACAAUGGUUAUUCUGAUUUGCCUUGGCGAGACUGUGUGAUGCCAUUCGACGAGUAUUAUACCGCUCUGCAGGAUGUGGGAUGGAUCCGGUUUUACGAGUAUGGCAUUGGGGCAACAUCUCCCAGUCCAGCCUGGGAUAGCCAGGCAACACUAGCUCAGGCUUUGCGUGAGUCGGAGCUAGGCUUACCGGUCAUGAUCCGAGCACAGCCGUGUCAUCGGCAGCAAGAAGAUGAUUUGAAUGUCUGCAGAGAUUGGAAACUGAGCUACCACUGGACAUAUAACAGUUUCAUAAUUCAUAAGGUUCUUUUUGAGGGUGCUUACUUGAGAUUCACUGUUAUUAUCUGUAAUUUUUAUCAUUUUUUUCUGUCCACAUUGUCCACAGCGUUGCUACAAGGCAUGGCGCAGGUGCCACACUGCCUCUUGGCCUCUUCCUGCUGGCGCAGAAUGACUUUUGGUAUUUGGGCAUUUCCACUGGUUGGCUGGAUGAGAAUUGGCAAUGGUGGUCUGAGUAUGAAAAACUUUACGGGCACCCGCUUGGCCCAGCAGAGCUAAAGAGCGACGGAUGGCACCGUAGCUUUCAACGAUGUCAAGUUUUCGUGAGCAAAGACCUGAGCACCGCAAAAAUCACCCUGACUGAUGGCGUGUUCAUCAUUUGAAGAUAUUUGAAGUGUCCAUAGUAAGACCAGGCAUGCUGAUC